UGAAGAGUCUUAUGAUAAACCGCAGGGAAACCUGAGACAUAACUCAAACUGUAUAGCCAACUGCGUUUAGUAGAUCGGCCAUGACAGACUUCGCGCUCCGUAAGCGCAAAUUUUGGACAUGCGUUGGGGCAGAGUUCUUAGCGACAACAAUUUUUGUUUUUGCGGUUAGCAGCUCGACGCUAACCGUGCAAGGGGACGCUACGGUCGUUGUGUUGCAUGUCUCGCUUACUGCAGGUCUAACUGUGGCGACAUUAGUGAUGGCGACAGGACAUCUAACGGGAGGCCUUAUAAAUCCCGCGCUAACAACUGCGCUAAUGGCUACCAAAAAGAUUUCGGUGUUAGAAGGAGUGUUUUACAUAGUCGCGCAAUUUCUUGGAGCGAUUUUAGGAGCAGCACUUCUAUAUGGUCUGACACCUGGCAAAAUGCGCGGGGCACUGGGAGCGACCACAAUCAGUAGCGACCUUAGUGCUAGCCAAGCCUUUGGACUGGAGCUCCUUCUCACGUUUGUGUUGGUGUUUACCAUAUUUGCCGCUACUGAUCCGGGCAGGGAACUUCGAGGAUACGACAUACCGCUGUCCAUAGGAGUGUGUGUGUUCAUCUGUCACAUGUGCGGGAUUCCUCUCACUGGCUGCAGCAUGAACCCCGCCAGGUCUCUCGGUCCUGCCCUAAUUAGAAACUUCUGGAAAGACCACUGGGUUUACUGGGUCGGUCCCGUACCAGGAGGAAUUAUAGCGGCAUUCUUGUAUGAAUACGUCUUCUCCACAAGGAGUGCUGGAGUUUCUCCAGCUUAAAUUUAUUAGCUGUGAACCGUUUCGUCCAGGGUCCAAGACCGAUAGCGGAGAAGACAAAGUAUAUCAGUUGCACCUUUUUGUGACCAUGUGUAAGGGUGUUUUUGAACCCUGACUUAUAGUUCUCCCUUCUUCAUGAAAUUAACUUUCGUGCAAAAUACUGAAGUGUGAUAAAAACCUUAAUUGUCCAUUCUCAUGAGCAGUUUGCAGGGUAAAACAUUAAAAUUGGAGAGAAGGGUAGUAAGUAAAUCACCUCUAGAAGUCAAGUGUUACUUUGUUUAUCAAAACUGGUGUGAUAGUUUCUGACCAACAGAAUAAACGGUUAUAGUUUUUUUGUUAUAGGUUAUAGGUUUUAUAAUAUGAGUUAA